AGCAACAAGCUUUUAUAAAUGGACGCUACCAUGUGGAGCUUCCAGUCCCCUCGACGGCUUUGCGUCAUAGAACACAGCCACUCGGCGUCACUAUAAUCUCUUCGGGCAUCGACAUGAUCGCUUUCCUUCUGCUUCUCCUUUGCGGGCUUCAGGGAACGGUGCUCGCUCUGCGCGGAUAUUGCACCGCGAGUCAGUGUUACGCGAUUUUUUUGGGAGCAACAAACUUCAAGGGAGCGCAGAAUAAGUGCCAAGAUUUUAAUGGGAACUUGUUGUUGUUCCUCGACGUGGAGGAGCAGGGGCAUUUACUAACCGAUUUGAGGGGGAGUUUUUGGUACGGCUCUCCCGAGGCAAAUGUCCAAAACUGCACUUCAUUCUCCGUUUGGGAAGGAGAAAACGUGACGACCCAUACGAUCCCGUGUGGCAACCAGCUUGAUGGUUACUUUUGCCAGUACCCAAAUGCGGAUCCUUGUGGAGCCAUCCCUGGUGGAGCAGACGCCCAGGUGAUGUACACGGCCCCGAUGGGCUUUGUUAUGAACACUUCGCGUCACUUCCCUGUCGGAACACUCGCAUUAGCGCAAAAGACACCCCGUUACCCGGAUGCUAAGUAUUUGUGUUUCGAAUCAAGUUGGCUGAAAGCUCCGUGGAACUGCGAGGUGUUGGACGGAGGCUGCGAGCAAAGCUGCAACUCCACAUCUGGCACCUGCGCGUGCCCGCAUGGCGUCUAUCUCCACGCCAACCUCAUCAGCUGCAGCGAUGACCCGUGUGACCGUUGCGCGCACAAGUGUCACCGCCCCACGCGCGCCUGCGAUUGCCACGCCGGCUACGAACUGGAUCCGGAUGGGAAAAGCUGCGUGGAUGUGGACGAGUGCGAAGAGAUGGACGUUUGCGUGGAUGAGAGCGAGGAGUGCGUGAACAUUCCAGGUCAUUUCAAGUGCACCUGCAGAGAUGGGUUCGAUUUAGAAGAAGGCAAGUGCGUGGAUGUCAGGAUCUGUGCGAAAUGUGAGCACAUGAAGUGCGUGAAAUCCAACGGUGUGUAUGCGUGUGAGUGUGGCGAGGGGUUUAAAGUGUCACCACAAGACCCCACUAAAUGUGUGAUGUACUGCGACCAGCAGGACUGCCUGGCUAAUUGCAUCUCAAAUCCUGACUUGGAGGAGAGGGACAUGCAUCAGUGCUUCUGUCCUGAUGGCUACAUCAAUGACAUCCGCAACAAAACUGCCUAUUGCACUGACAUCAAUGAAUGUGAGAUCCAGGCGCAGUGUGAACACAAUUGUGAAAAUCUAUUUGGGAGCUUCGUGUGUUCAUGUAAUGAGGGAUACGAGCUGUUUGACGAGUACAUGUGCGUGCACCCAGAUGAGCCCGAUUGGACCCCGUCGGAACCCGCGAAGCCCGAUCUACGUCCGGCCACCCUGCCGUCUUAUGUAAAAGCAGGCAGCAUACUUGGAAUUAUUGUGUUCGUGUUGCUUUGCCUGGUGCUGCUCUACUUCCUUAUCAGGAAUUUGGCCAAACGUUGUGGCAGUCUUGAGCUUGCAUCCCUCAAGGGCCCCGAUAUGGAUAUUUUUUACCUGCAGCAAGUCACCACGGAGACAUACAAGCGGUUAUCUUUUGACAAACAGUCGCGAUGUGACUCGCAAAGACUUUAACUAUGGCACUGAAGACCUUUAAGAUCAAGCAUGUGCAUAGGUGGGCAGAUUUCAGAGCUAUAACACCAGCCCAUUUGCCGCAGACAAGAUAAGAAAACCAUCCCUUGAAGAAUAGUACAAAAUCAUGUUACAACAAGGUUAAUUUCAUAUCAUUUUUACUUUAAAAAACUAUUGAAUUUGAUUUCUUCAAUCAGCAAAACUGAACAAAGCAAAUCCUGAAAGUUCAGCUCUCAGGUUCAAUCAUUUUCAUUUCUUAUUAAUCCAGGUUCCUACCUACCAAACUCCCCUGCUCUUCUACAAGCCUCUAAAUGUAAAAAUGACCACAUAAACCCACUAAUUGAAAAUAUUUGAAAAGUUGACACACACAUACCGACCUACAAGUGACCUGACCAGGAAGGAAUUAGUUUGUUUUGCCGUGUUGAAUACAGAACUCGAACUUAUUAUAUGUUUGAAUUUAUUCCGUUAUUGUUUUUUUUUUUUUUCUGGUGUGGUAACAACAUGCUAAUGUACAGUAUUUUACUUUAGAGUUAAAGCUUUAACUUUGACAUACAUAGAUACAUAUACACUCACAUUAAUGCCAUCUAUGUUUCAGAUUUUUAAUUUAAUAUAAUGAGCUUUAAGUUUGACAGCACACAAAAAACAUCCGUCAUCAAUUCACCCCAAAAUAUUUUUAAAUAUUUAGUAUGUAUUUUGAUAUUGAUUGAAUUUAUUUCGAAAACAUGCAUCCCGUUAUGGAUAUGGUGGAAAACACAGACAAGGCUGAAAAAGCAGUUUCGGCUCUUGCACCCCUCUUUAAAAUAAACUGCUGUAUUUUAAGGCAAAAGAACUGUUGUGUUUGAUAGAUCAAUAUGUCUAUAUGCUGCCAUAGCAGAUUCAUGGCGCAUUAAGCCCCGAACUAUUUUUAAUUUGUCCGUUUUACCCUGGAAACCCCCGAUUACAGAUGUCGCACAACCGCUUUUGUUUCAACUCAGCCAUAAAAAGAAGGGGAGCAAUUAUAUUUAUUAUUCAAAAUUUCUGUCAUUUUUAGCUUAGAAUCAUUAAUUGAUGUCAAAUAUUUUGUUUAAAAAAAACAACUAUUAAAAAAAAUAUUCACUUGCAUAUUUUAAACUUUUAAACAAAUUAUGUCAUAAUAAAAAAAAUGGUGUCUGUAAAUAAGUCACGGAUGUCUACCUCAUAACGAUUGCUUAAUUGUAUUUUUUUUUUUUUUUGUUACUGUUGCAUUUUCCCCAAUAUGUUAGAUGAUAAAUAAUUGAUCCAAACAAAGAAAAAUUGGGAAAAAAAUGUUCAAAAAGGGUAAAUAAAGGGUAAAAGUACAUCUUGACCACUCCUUGAUGUCUGCGAUUUCUGCAUCGCCACCCUUGAUAUAUUACCAUGUUUCACCAAAAACCAUGGCCAUUCAUAUCUGUGUCUUGACACUCGGUGAUACAUGCUACAUGGAGUUUUUGGACCGAAACAAGGUAAGUACGCGAUAAUAUCUCGUUAAAAUCACGGCGUCUUUAAUUGUGCUCUCUCAUGCUCUCAUCUCCAGUUAGGGUUUCGCUGUUCAAAAGAUUUUUUCUUUCAAUGUCCUCCUGUUCAAAAUUUUUUUCCCCCAGACAAUUGAGAUUUUAAGCUUUCCAAUGAUGUAUCACACGUGCAUAUCGGACAAUUUUGAAAUUUGGCCAAAUUGGGGGUCUCAGAGCGGAACUUGAAGUCACCUGAGUGUUUUCCGCCAUAUAUAUAUAUUUGUUUUUUCCCCAAGCAGGAGCUUCCGUGAUAAUAAUAAAUACAAUCUACGUGCCGUGCACAGAGAUGUCAAGAGACUCGAGGCCCACAGCUUUCCGGAGCAGAAGCAGAGUAGAUAAAUAUGCGAAGUACGUGAAAAAAACUUGAUGAUGCACCUUGAUACAACGCACAUAAAGUCAGCUUCAAUAAAAAUUAUUUAAAAAACUCAUCAGUUAGUUAUAUGUACUUACGAUCCGCCAGCUUGUUGUUUCUUGUCGUCUUCCAAAAUUACACCUGGGUGACAGCACUUCAAGUGUUCGUCAUGACGUGGCCAAAGUUUUACCCUGGUAAGCGAGCGCAGCAUUGCAAAGACCACGCACAGUGGCACCCUCCUUUUUUUCUUUAAAAUAAUUCCAAGCUUUGGCCACGCUGGUCCGCUUUUUUGGCUUACUGCCGCUUUCAGCGCUUGCAUCCCGAGCGUCCGCCAUUCUCAACUUUAUUUUCUUGUUUUAUACAGUAUUUUUUUAACCUGUCAUUACCCGUCGACAGCAUGUUGUGCCCGUCGACGCAUUUACGUCAUUGAUGACGUCAACUAAUCGGGACAGCUCGAGGAGAGUAGCCAAAAAUUUCACUCAAGUAAGAGUAGCGUUACUUCGAAAUAAUAUUACUCAAGUAAAAGUAUAAAUAGUUAUCCAAAAAAUGUACUCAAGUACAAGUAAAAAAGUACUCGGUGAAAAAAAUACUCAAGUAAUAAGUAACAUUGUGAGUACCUUUGUUUGAUUUUUUUUUUUUUUUUUUUCAAACAAUGGUAUUUUUUUUUUUUCAGCACAAAGUUAUCUACUGUAUAUGAACGGUUGUUAAAAUGAUACUGUACAAUAACCCAUUACAUAAUCACAUUAAGCCAAGGAAAUACAAAAAAUAAUAAAAUCAUUGAAUUCCAGCCAGAAAAAAAAUGACAGAAAUGAAGCAUUAUUCAUCCAAGGAGCCCAUGGAGAACCCAUGGAGAAAAGAAUUCCUAGCUUGAAUAGUGAAUAGUUCCUUCAAGAGUGAAGAAUUUUUUACAGCGCUUUAAAGACACCAUGUGAAUGAACAGGCUGGCGUGAUCAUAGUAUGGCAAACUUGCGUCUGAUUAGUAUAAUGGAGUCAUGUGAUUAUAUGAGGUAACAACUCAUUGAUGAAAUUAGUAGAGCAACUCUUGGCAUCACUUGAAAAAAAAACCAAAAAAACUAUUACGUAAAAUUUGAUGUCAGUUACACCAAAAAGUGGUAAGUUUGAUUUCUGCAUUCAGCAAAACUGAACAAAGCAAUUUCUGAAAGUUCAGGUCAAAGGUGGAGUCAUCUUCAUGUCUUAUUACUCCAAGUAACUAGCUACCAAAUUCCAAUGCUAUUCUACAAGCUUCUUACUGUAAAAAUGAAUACAUAAACCCAAUUAAUUAAUAGUAUUUAAAAAGUUGGAUCAUUGGAAAGCUUAAAAUCUAGAUUUUCUGGGGGAAGAAAAAUUUUGAACAGGAGGGCAUUUAAAAUAAAUAAAUAAAUAAAUAAAUAAAUAAGGCGGAAAACACUAAGGUGAUUUGAAGUUCCGCUCUGAGAUCCCCAAUUUGGCCAAAUUUUUAAAAUUGUCCAAUAUGCAUGUGUGAUACAUCAUUGGAAAGCUUAAAAUGUCAAUUUUCUGGGGAAAGAAAAAUUUUGGGCAGAAGGGCAUUUAAAAAAAAAAGUUUUUUAAACAGCAAAACCCUAUCUGGAGGUGAGAGCACACGAGAGCAGAAUUACAGACGCCAUGACUUUAACAAGAUAAUAUCACGUACUUACCUUGUUUAGAUCCAAAAUUUCCAUGUCACAUGUAUCACUGAGUAUCAAGACACAGCUGGAUUUUUGGGGGAUUUUAUGGGUGAAACAUGGUAAUAUAACAAGGGUCGCGAUGCAGAAAUCGCAGAAAUCAAGGAGUGGUCGAGAUUUUCUUGUCAUAUGAAACAAAAACAGUUACGCGACGUCUGUAAACGGGGGUUUCCAGGGUAAAACGGGCAAAUUAAAAAUAGUUCGGGGGCUUAAUGCGCCAUGAAUCUGCUAUGGCACCAUAUAAACAUACUGUUCUAUCAAACAACAGUUGUUUUGGCUUAAAAAACAGUAGUUUCUUUUAAAGAGGAGUGCAAGAGCAGAAACUGCUUUUUCAGUCUUGUCUGUGUUUUCCGCCAUAAAUAAACAGCAAAACCCUAACUGGAGGUGAGAGCACGCGAGAGCAUAAUUAAAGACGCCAUGAUUUUAACGAGAUGUUAUCGCGUACUUACCUGGUUUUGAUUCAGAAACGCCAUGUAGCAUGUAUCACCGAGUGUCAAGACACAGCUGUGAUUUUUGGGGGAUUUUAUGGGUGAAACAUGGUAAUAUAACAAGAAUCGCGAUGCAGAAAUCACAGACAUCAAGGAGUGGUCGAGAUUUUCAUUUUUAUAUGUUUACCCCUUUAAACGUUGUUGUUUUUUUGUUUUUGUGUUUUUGUUUUGUUUUAAAUUUCUUUGUUUGGAUCGAUUAUUUAUCAUCUAAAAUAUUGUGGAAAAUGCGACAGUAAUUAAAAAGAUACAAUUAAGCGAUAGUUAUGAGGUAGAUAUCUGUGACUGUUUUACAGACGCCAUUUUUUUUUCAUUGUGACGUAAUUUGUUUAAAGGUUUAAGAUAUGCGAGUGGAUAAUUUUUUUAAAGUCGUUUUUUUUUAACUAAAUUA